AAAAUUUUGUGUCAGCUUAAAGGGCUGUUGCCUGAUUAAUAGCACUCUUAUUUACACUCUUAAGAACACACAAGAAAAUUUGUUGCAAAAUUGUUUUUUUUUAUUAUUUAAAGCAGUGGAAUAGUGUAUGAAGUUGAAAUACAAAUAAAUAAAGCAGACACAUUAAAUUCUUUUUUUAAGUGACUAAAUAAACUGAUAUGACAGUCAAACAAAAGUAAUUAAAAAAACAAUGGCAGAAUAAAUUAUGUUAACUGAUGUGAAAAGAUUUUAUACACUUUGAAAAGGAUUAGUAUAUUAGACAAACAUUAGUAUAAAACAAACAUUUCGGAUAUAUAGAAUAGUAUAACAUAUAAAAUAAACAUGAAUUCAAAGGAGGUGGCUGCCUUGAAAAAAUGUUCAGAGCGGAUAAAGAAAGACCUGGAUCCAACAUAUCCCUUUCUUCAUUCGCUGUAUGCAAAUGAUGUCAUAUCACAUGAGCAAAUGGAGACAAUAAUGGCAAUCAGUGUCAGCUUAGAAAGAGUCACAAAGUUACUAACUAUAUUACCAAGAAGAGGUCCGAGCGCUUUCACAACUUUUCGUAACCUUUUAUCAAAAGAUUACCAUUGGCUCGCUGAAGACCUAGAUGCCGCUUUAAGAAUAAAAAGGAAGGAUGCCACUAAAGAGGAAAUACACUUGAAGCUUAUCAAUGUGAUCAAUAACCAGGUCGUACCCCUCGUUUUCCCUGAAACUUUUAACUUUGUCAGCAGCAAGGACCAUAUCCAUCAUACUAUUACCAAACUUGGUGAUUUGACCAGAAUACUGGAGAAAAGGGUUCUUAAAGCGUUAGAGCUGAUGAAAACUUCGACCAAGACCAUUUGCAUUGAAACCCUCAUUAAUGAGAAGCUCAAAGCAGAUAGAUCUGCAGAUGCCUUAAGUACGGAAAUCAAGGAAUUAAAAAGGAGGGCCAAACAGGAUGAGAAAUUGAAGAAGGAAAAUGAAAAGCUUAAAAGAACAAACGAAAGCUUGAUGAAGAAGCUAAAGGAGAAAAGUCAGGAAAUUAAAGAUGGUAAAAAACACUACAGUCACUUGAAAAGGGAAAAAGAUGAAGCAACAAAGAAAGUCGAGCAGUUGAAGAGGGAAAUACAAUGCAUGAAGAAAGAAAUUGAGUCUACAAAUUCUAUGUGUGAAAUAACACCUUUGUACGGGAAUUAAAAACUGAAUAUAUGUACAUAUUAAGUAAAGCUGUUAGGAUACAUUUUAUGAUAUUUAAGACAAUGUCUUUUAAAGUCAGGCUUCAAACAGGCAAAAUACAUUAUUAUGAAAAAAGGAAAUAACUUGAAACCAGGACCUCUCAUGUUUUACCUAAUGGGUCGGGAUAAUCCCUGAAGCAAUAAACCUGGUUAAAAUUCAACAAAGAUCUUAAAUAUACAUAUUUGGCAGUGUCCUAUAUUUCAUUUUUUACACAUAAUCAAAAUUUUAAGUAAACAAGUAGCCUUAAGCAAUAAUCUAUCUAAAAUGCUUACUUUUGGUAUGUUUCCAAAAGUUGAAAAACUAUAUAAACCACAUUUAUGUUAUACUAUGUAUGACAGUUUUAUAUUUACCUAUCAUAACAUGUAUAAAUGAUAUUGAUUGUGACACUUAGUUUUUAACUAUUAUUUGCUAGAUGUUAAGAUACUAUACAUGUAUAAAUGAUUGAUUAUGACACUUUGUUUUCAACUAUUAUCUGCUAUAUGUUAAGACAUUAUUUAGAUUUGAAUACAUAUUACAAAUAAAAUUCAUUAUGAAUACAAUAUUAAAUUAUUAUUUGUGCAUAUUGCCUUUGAAUUACUGUAUAUUCACACUGAAUUGUUCUCCCUCAGCAUAUGCUGGUCAUUCUAAAGCUGAAUACCAAAAUCAAGAGGCUUAAAUGC